AUGGCCAUCUUACAGGGCCUACUCCGCCUCACGGCUGUGCUGCUAUCUGUGCAGUGCUGCCAGGCGAAGACCGUAACCCUGGAUUUUAACGUCACCUGGGUCAAUGUGAACCCUGAUGGUCUUUAUGAGCGCAAGGUGGUGGGUGUCAACAAUCAGUGGCCCCUGCCUGUUAUCGAAGUGGACAAAGGUGAUAGACUAAUUGUCAACAUGUUCAACGGCCUAGGAGACAAGGACACUUCGAUCCAUUGGCAUGGCAUGUUCCAAAAUGGAACCAAUAAUAUGGAUGGUCCCUCGAUGGUUACCCAGUGUCCUAUCCCCCCUGGAUCCUCUAUGGUCUACAACUUUACUAUUCCUCAAAAUGGUACUUAUUGGUACCAUUGCCAUACCGAUGCUUGCUACCCAGAUGGCUAUCGGCAAGCUUUGAUCGUACACGACGAUCAGGCCUAUUUUAAUGAUCUAUACGAUGACGAGAUCACUGUGACCAUGAGUGAUUGGUAUCACGAGCUCGUCGAGGAUAUCCCUUUUAUCCGUGUCGAGAACCCGACCGGCGCUGAGCCUGUCCCGGAUUCCUUCUUGUUCAAUGAUACUUUGAACACAAACAUCCCUGUCGAAGCUGGAAAGACCUAUUUGAUGCAUCUGAUCAAUAUCGGUGCCUUUGUCGCGCAGUAUUUCUAUAUUGAAGAUCACACUUUCCGCAUUGUGGAAAUUGACGGAGUAUACGUCGAUGAGCAGGAGGCCGACACUCUGUAUAUUGCCGUUGCCCAGCGUUACUCUAUCUUGGUCACGAUGAAAAACUCCACUGCCAAAAACUAUCCCAUCGUCACUGUUGCCGAUUCGGUCUUGCUCGAUACGAUUUCGCCUUCCCUUAAGCUCAACCAGACCAAUUGGCUCGAGUACAACAGCAGCGCAGCACACCCACAGGCUGUGAUGACGGUGGAUGUUGCGUCCGAUCUCAUCCCAUACGAUGACUUCAAGCUCGUUCCCCACGAUCGAAUGCCACUCCUCCCAGAUCCCGAUAUGACAAUUGAAGUCGACGUGAUCAUGGCUAAUUUGAAUAAUGGUGCGGGCUAUGCCUUUUUCAACAACAUCUCUUAUACCAGACCCAAAGUGCCUACCUUAUACUCGGUUCUCACAUCUGGCGAGUACGCAACAAAUGCGGAGGUUUACGGCGAGUACACCCACCCGUUCAUUCUCGAGCACAACCAGGUUAUCGAGGUCAUCCUCAACAACCAAGACACCGGCUCCCAUCCCUUCCAUUUGCACGGCCACAACUUCCAAGUAGUGAGCCGCACUCCCUCGUACGGUGCUAGUUUCUACGACUUUGCCGAUGGCGACCCAGUCGCUUAUAACGCGACCGAGAACCCAUCAAGCAGCUUCCCAGCCUACCCUGCUCGUCGUGACACUUUCGUGGCACCGCCUCAGGGCAACUUUGUCGUGCGUUUCGUCGCCAAUAAUCCUGGUGUCUGGCUCUUCCACUGCCACAUCGACUGGCAUCUGCAACAGGGCCUGGCUAUGUCGUUCAUCGAAGCCCCGAAGCAACUUCAAGAGCAAAUGUCACUGACAGAUGCCGAGAUCAGCGUUUGCAAGGCUGCCGAUAUCUCCUACGAGGGCAACGCCGCCGCCAACACGGAAGACCUGCUCGAUCUGACCGGUCAAAACAAACAGCUUCCGUGGCUUCCUGCCGGCUUUACGGCGAGGGGUAUCGUUGCCAUGGUCUUCUCCUGUGUGUCUGCUUUCCUGGGAAUGGCCUUUAUCACCGUCUACGGCUUGUCAGGUAUUGAAUCGAAAAAGAAGGAGACUGCUGUGCUUUCACAGCCCGAGUUGUAA